GCGAAACUGAGAGACAGCCAUUUUUUCCAUUGAUUGCUGUUUGUGCUUAGGUGGUAUUACAGAAAAGAAAGUAGCUAGCUUGCUAGCUGUCUGCGAUUACUUUGAUUCCAAGUUUUUAUUUGUUUAGUCUUUGUCAUUUUGGAUUGAAAAAACACAAACAAUGUUUGUGUACAGCGCCUUAAACCUUUCCCGUUGACAUCCGAGCUCGGGUAGAUGUCCGUUUAAACUGUCGCACAAAUGGAAAUGGUGCCCAGCGAGGAAAAGCAGCUCGUACCCAAAGAGGGUAUGCUUUGGAGUUACAGGCAAAGUAUUUUUGAGGAGAUGAAGAAGAAGUUCUCGCAGAUUGAGAAUGCUGCGGAUGAGCCGAGGGUGCUGUGCAUCGUCCAGGACACCACCAACGCCAAGACGGUCACCGAGAGGCUGACUCUCAACCUCCCGGCCUCCACCCCGCUCGCCCAGCUCUUCCAGGGCGUGGCCCACAAGGCCGGCUACGUGGUCGGCUCCUUCCACCUGACCUGGGCCAACAUGGCUGAACCAGCUCCGCUGGAUCACAGCAGUCAGGCGUCACUCACAGAUUCUGGCUUUGAAGCCGGGAAGAAGAACUUCCUCCAGCUCACGGAUAAGGACGGCGAGCAGCCUCGGCUGGCAUCGGAGGAAGCCGCCCCGGCGGGGACCAGCGGGCUGGACGACGUCUCCCUGGACGGCUUCAUCGGGCCCCUGCCCCGGGACAGCACGGUGGGCUGCAGCAGCGACUACAGCAGCCCCAGCUACUCCUACUCCUCCAUACUCAACAAGUCCGAAACGGGUUACGUGGGCUUAGUCAACCAGGCCAUGACCUGCUACCUGAACAGCCUGCUGCAGACCCUGUUCAUGACGCCCGAGUUCCGCAACGCUCUGUACAACUGGGAGUUCGAGGAGUCGGAGGAGGACCCGGUGACGAGCAUCCCGUACCAGCUGCAGCGGCUGUUUGUCCUGCUGCAGACCAGCAAGAAGCGCGCCAUCGAGACCACCGACGUGACCCGCAGCUUCGGCUGGGACAGCAGCGAAGCCUGGCAGCAGCAUGAUGUCCAAGAGCUCUGCAGGGUGAUGUUCGACGCUCUGGAGCAGAAGUGGAAGCAGACAGAGCAGGCUGACCUGAUCAACCAGCUGUACCAGGGGAAGCUGAAGGACUACGUGCGCUGCCUGGAGUGCGGCUACGAGAGCUGGAGGAUCGACACCUACCUGGACAUCCCAUUGGUCAUCCGGCCCUUUGGCUCCGCCCAGGCCUUCGGCAGCGUGGAAGAGGCUCUCCAGGCCUUCGUUCAGCCAGAAACCCUGGACGGGCCCAACCAGUACUUCUGUGAGCGCUGCAAGAAGAAAUGCGAUGCCCGAAAGGGGCUCCGGUUCCUCCAUUUCCCCUACCUGCUAACACUGCAGCUGAAGCGCUUCGACUUCGACUACACCACUAUGCACCGUAUCAAACUCAACGACCGCAUGACCUUCCCCGAGGAGCUGGACAUGAGCCCGUUCAUCGAUGUGGAGGAUGAGAAGUCUCCGCAGACAGAGAGCUGCACUGACAGUGGGGCAGAGAAUGAGGGCAGUUGCCACAGCGACCAGAUGAGCAACGACUUCUCCACGGACGACGGCGUGGAUGAGGGGAUCUGCCUGGACAAUGCCAGCAGUGCAGAGAGAGCACUGAAGCCAAAGAGUUCGCUGACCUUUGAGCUCUUCUCGGUCAUGGUCCACUCCGGGAGCGCAGCUGGCGGUCAUUACUAUGCCUGCAUAAAGUCCUUCAGUGACGGCCAGUGGUACAGCUUCAACGACCAGCAUGUCAGCAAGAUCACCCAGGACGACAUCCGGAAGACGUACGGCGGGUCCUCAGGGAGCCGGGGUUAUUACUCAGGUGCCUUUGCCAGUUCUACAAAUGCGUACAUGCUGAUCUACAGAUUAAAAGACCCUUCCAGGAAUGCAAGGUAUUUGGAAGUGGAGGACUUCCCGGAUCACAUUACACGCCUGGUCCAGAAAGAAAAGGAGUCUGAGGAACAGGAGAAAAGACAGCGGGAGAUUGAGCGCAACACCUGCAAGAUCAAGCUCUUCUGCCUGCACCCUGUGAAAAUGCUGAUGGUGGAGAACAAGCUCGAAGUGCACAAGGACAAAACCCUGCGAGAGGCUGUGGAGAUUGCCCGCAAGCUAAUGGACCUGGAGGGCACUGUCCCGCUGGACUGCUGUCGACUCGUAAAGUACGACGAGUUCCACGAGUACCUGGAGCGCUCCUACGAGGGGGAGGAGGACACGCCCCUGGGGCUGCUGCUGGGCGGGGUCAAGUCCUCCUACAUGUUCGACCUGCUGCUGGAGACCCGGAGGCCAGACCAGGUCUUCCAGCCCUACAAACCCGGAGAGGUCAUGGUGAAAGUGCAUGUGGUGGAGCUGAAAAGCGAGACCAUCGGCGCCCCGGUCAGCGUGCGGGCCUACCUGAACCAGUCCGUCACCGAGUUCAAGCAGCUCAUUGCACAGGCGACCGGACUCGGUGCAGAAACCAUGCGCGUGGUCCUGGAGCGUUGCUAUAACGACCUCCGGCUGCUCUACGUGCCCAACAAGACACUGAAAGCAGAAGGCUUCUUCAGGAGCAAUAAGGUGUUCGUGGAGAGCUCCGAUUCGACCGACCACCAAGUCACCUUCACCGACUCUCUCUUGUGGAAACUUCUGGAUCGCCAUGGCAACACAAUCAGACUGUUUGUGUCGCUGCCCGAGCAGGCCCCUGGCCCCCUGGCCAGCAGGACUCUGAGCCAAAAGGCAGGCAACGACGCGAGCGAGCCCUUCGAGGGGCCCAAGGGCAGCAGGAAGUCGGUGGAGGCCAUUUUGGAGGAGAGCACGGAGAAGCUGAAGAGCCUGUCCCUGCAGCAGGAGCAGGAGCAGCAGGGCUCCAGCGCCAGCGACAGCCAGAAGAGCUCCGACACCAGCGACUUCGAGCACAUCCAGUCCCUGUCCCACGAGGCCGACUCCACCCCCUCAGGCUCCGCCUCCGCCGACAACCGGGAGCUGGAGAACCGGAUCCAGCCGGCCGGCGGGGCCGGGGCCGGGGGCGGGGGCGGGGCCGGCUCGGACCAGGACAACCCCUUCCCGUCGGAGGAGCGCUCGGACUCGGAGGUGAACAACGACCGCAGCACCAGCUCGGUGGACAGCGACAUCCUCAGCUCCUCCCACAGCAGCGACACGCUGUGCAACGCCGACAGCGCGCCGCUCCCGCUGGCCAACGGCCUGGACUCGCACAGCAUCACCAGCAGCAGGCGCUCCCGCGCGCACGAGGGCAAGAAGGAGACCUGGGACACGGCCGAGGAGGACUCGGGCACCGACAGCGAGUACGACGAGAACGGCCGGAGCAAGGCUGAGGCCCAGUACCUCUACUUCCGGGCAGAGCCCUGCUCCCUGGAGGACGGGACCGGGGAAGGGCAGAAAUGCUUGCAGGUCCACGUUGAUAAGAGGAUUACGCUGGCUGCUUUCAAGCAAAACCUGGAGCCAUUUGUGGGGGUGUCCUCCUCUCACUUCAAGGUCUUCAGGGUCUACUCCAACAACCAGGAGUUUGAGAGCGUGCGGCUCAACGAGACGCUUUCCUCCUUCUCUGAUGAUAACAAGAUCACCAUUCGAUUGGGACGGGCGUUGAAGAAGGGCGAAUAUCGCGUUAAGGUGUACCAGCUCCUAGUGAAUGACCCAGAGCCCUGUAAGUUCUUGGUCGACGCCGUGUUUGCCAAGGGCAUGACGGUCAGGCAGUCCAAAGAAGAGCUGCUGCCCCAGCUGAGAGACCAGUGCAAGCUGGACCUCAGCAUCGACAGGUUUCGCCUGAGGAAGAAGACCUGGAAGAACCCAGGGACUGUGUUCCUGGACUAUCAUGUCUAUGAAGAGGACAUCAACAUCUCCAGCAACUGGGAGGUGUUCCUGGAAGUUCUAGAUGAGCCAGAGAAGAUGAAGUCCAUGUCCCAGCUGGCGGUUCUGACCCGGCGAUGGAGCCCGGCCCACAUGAGGCUGGAGCCCUUCAAGGAGGUGGUGCUGGAGAGCAGCAGUGUGGAGGAGCUGAAGGAGAAGCUCAGCGAAUUGAGUGGCAUUGCUCUAGAAAACUUGGAAUUUGCAAAGGGCAGAGGGACGUUUCCCUGUGACAUCUCCGUGUUGGAGAUCCAUCAGGACCUGGACUGGAACCCGAAGGUGUCCACUCUCAACGUCUGGCCUCUGUACAUCUGUGACGACGGAGCCGUGGUCUUUUACAGGGACAAGGCGGAGGAGCCCAUGGAGCUGUCGGAGGAGGAGCGCAGCGAGCUGAUGAAGAAGGAGAGCAGCAGGCUGCUGAAGACGGGCCAGCGCGUCAGCUACUCGCCCCGCAAGGAGAAGGCCCUCAAGAUCUACCUGGACGGGGGUCCCGCCAAAGACCCGGGCCAAGACUGAGAGGCCGGGGGGGGCCCCCUACCGCCGGAUCAGCUGGCCCCGCCCACCCACUGCAGCAUCGCCACCCUGGGGACUGUGCCCGGCGCUGCGCUCGCGCUCAAACGAUGUCACCAGUGCUGUACGGCUGACCCGCCCCCAACUCUGAGCUCCAGGGGGAUAUAGCCAGGCUCAGAGUACUAUUGUGCACUAUAGUUUAUUGUACUGUAAAGUUUAAAGGGAAGUGCAAAAGCUAUUCAUUAAAAAAAAAAAAGAAAAAAAAGAUGAAAAACUCAGAUACCAUGCAGACACAUUGAUUCAGACAUGUUACAGAGUCAGGCGCUUUUGGAGACGAGCGGAGAGGACAGACUGGGCAGUUUGUCUCUCUUUCUCUCGCCAUUUUUAACGCCAAAUUCAGAGAUGGAGCCUUUAUCCCCUUCCCACCUGCACACAUAUACCUCACCCAAUAGCUCCACAUCACCUGUAUCAUACCCGGGUUCAAACCACACCUUUACAGCUGCUUCCAAGGUCAAAGGUCAGAAUUUAGUCACCUUCCAUUUCACAAGCUUUUGCCCAUUCCUGAAUCACAGGUCUUCAAAUCCCACGGUAACUAAGAAGUUUAAAUUUCCCAGCAAGGAUUUCUGAACCUUAGACUGAUAAUUCCUUGGUUCUUUCCCUGAAAUCAGUAAAAUCCCACCCCACCACCCCCACUGUUGCCCAGCUGCAGAAAGCAGCUCCCUCCAGCGUCUGUAUAACACAUUUUCUCCUCUUGGUUGUUCAGUACUGGUACAUGCUCGCUCCCGCACUACUAAGGCUAAGUAGCGAAUGAGAAAACCGAAAAUCCUGUUUUGUUUUUUUGUAAAUUAUUAUUUUUGCCUCGGACUUCGUGAAUGCUAGGCCUCCUAUCUGAGGUACCUGGCGCAGAUUUUAUUUCUGCAUAUAACCUCGUUACUUUAGUCUGUCUCUCUUUGUUCGCCCUUCUUUCUGCGCAAUGUGAACCUAGUGUCCAUCCGACGUGACAUCAUCACAAGGUGGCCUGCGUCUGGUAGGUAUGAGCAGCGGGAGUCUGUGGUGAAGGCUCAUGGGAACUCGAUGGGGGGGGCCUCUCUGUGACCCCCUCCGUACCAGCGGCUUUUGGUUCCAAGGCGCCACACGCACAUGAAGAUGGCGGAAGGUUCCCGCUGUUCCUUAACGCUGCCGCGAGCUGUUCACAGUAGACAUGCCAAUACAAAACAAUAAUACCUAUUUUUUUUUGUUUUAUUAUUUUGAGAUUUAAAAUCUUGUGUGAAAAUAGAUGAUUUUAGAAAGGAAUUAAAAUGCUUUUUUUCAUAACCGCAGUAUUCUGUUAUAAAUUCAGUCUCAGGCCUCUCCCCCCUGCUGGAGCUGUGCUCAUCUGUUAAAUUGAAAUCGUUGUGCUUUGUGGCAGAAAAAAAGGAUUUAAUGGGGCUUAAUACCACUGGAAUAUGAAUUUUAUUUCACUGUUAUCUCUUUGUGGCCUAGCUGUCCACUGAGUAGAAAAUUAAUUUGUUGGGCUUUUGGGCUUUAUUGCAAAUCAUAGCUACAUAGUCCUGACUUACUGACACGUUCUCAAGUACAUUUCAGUCUUCAAUUGUAGAUUCACGUUACGGAAGAUAAUCACUUGUAUUGGGGAAACUCUGCAUCAAUGGUGGGCAUUUCUAACACGAACAUAACUGGCUUGUCAAAAAUCAGCUAUUGUUAUGGAAAACAAUAAACGCACAAGAAUUUA